AUGGACGGCAUGGGGGAUGACGAUGGCAUGGGCUUCGACAUGAAGUCCAUGAUGAUGAACCAGCAGUCUCAGCUGUACGGCAACUACUCACAAGACGGACAGAUGGCUGGUAUGUCUGGAGGUUCCAUGUACGACGAUUCGGCAUUAGGCGCGGGGGAUGAAACCAACGAUGCGAAGCGGCGAAGGAUUGCGAGGGCUUGCGACAUGUGCCGGAAGAAGAAGAUCAAGUGCGAUGGCAAGAUGCCCAAGUGCUCACACUGCAUCAACUAUAAGACGGACUGUGUCUUCACGCAAGUGGAGAAGAAGCGGAACCCACCCAAAGGAGCGAAGUACAUCGAAGGUCUGGAGAACCGCUUAGGACGCAUGGAAUCCCUUCUGCGACUGUCCGGCCUCUUGUCCGAGGACGACAAUGGAAAGACAGAUCUGGGAACGCUGGAGAAACGACUGGCCGAUCGAACGAAUGCAUUGAACAUGGCGAGGAAUACGAAACAGUUUAACACUCCAAGUGUAACCCAGCAAACGUCGGCCUCUCACAAUACCACACCUCACAUGGAUUCCCACUCCAGUCCGCAUACCGCCGCCACAUCCCCCGAGUCAGAGAAACAAUCCGAGGGCGAGGUCGAGGCGCUAUCAGAUAUGAUGUGCUCUUUGGUUACCAAUAAUUGCGGAGAGACCCGUUAUAUUGGUUCCUCGUCAGGAUUCUCGAUCUUCUCUCCAAAGGGUAUUCAAUGGGUCAACGAAAGGACAGGAGAUACUUCUUUCCAAGACAUGAUUUCGUCGGCAUCCGUGGAUGACAACAAGUGGAUGUACUGGAAGCCAGAGAUCUUUAGUGACAUUUUCGCCCGCCGUGUCUUCAAACCGCUUCCCCCGAAAGAGGAGGCUCUUUCCCUGUUCAAGGACUUCUUCGAUAAUUUUAAUUGUAUGUUCCCGCUUUUCCACGAGGCGACAUUCAUGCAUCUGGUGGAGCGACAAUAUUCUCGUGACCCUUAUGAGGGCUCUGGGUGGUGGGCGAGUAUCAACGUUGUACUGGCCAUUUCCCAUCGUCUUCGUAUCAUGAGCAAUCUGGUGCCCCAUGAAGAAGACAAGAAGGCAUGGCUGUAUCUGAAGAAUGCUAUGGGUGUCUUGACAGAACUAACCAUGCGAAAUACCGAUCUAUUGAGCGUGCAAGCCCUUUUGGGCAUGUCGCUCUUCCUGCAGGGCACUCCUAACCCUCAGCCUGCUUUCUUCUUGGUGGCUGCGGCUAUUCGUCUCUCACACAGCAUCGGUUUGCACAAACGUGGCUCGGCCUUCGGAUUGAACACUGUGGAGGUGGAGCAACGCAAACGAGUCUUCUGGAUUGCGUACUUUCUUGACAAAGACAUUUGCCUUCGAUCUGGUCGACCACCAGUGCAGGAUGACGAUGAUAUGAAUGUCGAGUUGCCCAGCGAAGACCCGCCAGACAAUGUUGGCAACGUCCCGCUCGCUGACGGUAAGGGCAAGUUUAACCUCUUCAGAUCCUUGUGCGAGUUCGCCACGAUUGAGAGCAGCGUGUACAAGAGACUGUACUCUGCAAAGGCAUCGAAACAGUCCGAUGGCGAACUGCUCAAUACCAUUGGCGAACUUGACAAGGAGUUGGAAGACUGGAAAGACAACAUCCCUAUCGACUUCCGCCCCGAAUAUGAAAUUCAAGCAACUCACGGCCCCCUCUUGCUCCACGUUGUUGUUCUCCACUUCUCAUACUAUAAUUGUCUCACCACGAUCCACCGCAUGUCUGUGCACCACGGAUACUGGACCAGCCGUCUAUCAAACUAUGCUAUUCAAGGUCUUAAUGCUCGGCCCCUGAAUCCCAGGGUUUUCUUGUCGGCAGUGCUUUGCGUGACCGCUGCGAGGGCAUCAAUCAAUUUGAUCAAGUACAUUCCACAGGGAGACUUUGCUUGUGUCUGGUUGAUUCUUUAUUAUCCAGUCUCUGCACUUGUUACUCUCUUCGCCAACAUUCUCCAAAAUCCGAACGACGGCCGCGCCCGUUCCGAUGUCAAGCUGAUGAAUGUUGUCGUCAAUUUCCUCUCUACUCUGGUUUCUGAUGAAUCCAACGGCAGCAUUAGGCGUAUGCUGGGUCUAUGUGGCGAGUUCGAGAGAAUUGCCAAGGUCGUUCUUGACAAAGCUGAAAAAGAAUCCCACGCGCGCAAGAAGCGCAAGAAUGCACCGGAGGAUGAGACAACCGAAGGACAACGCGACCCCUCUGCCAACAGGCCUUCAAAACCACCCCCCUCUUCAGCUCGCUUCUCACCUUCUACGUUUAUGAACAAUCCUAACGCCGCGGCAUCUUCUCCCGAUAAUAUCAAUGGCUUUAGUGGAACCUCCGGCAUGCCCUCAACCACAGGCAUGUCGAGUGAUCUACCUAGCACCAUCAACUCAAUGCCUGGUCUCCAGCAAGACUUCCCAGGCAUUUUAAGCCCUGAUCAAAUGGCAAAUUCUGGGUUCCACGACCAAGGCUCUUUCCCCGCCAGCCCGAACUUACCAUCAUUCCAACAGCCCUUUGUACCACAGGAUCUCUGGCAGAUGCCUAUGACGAUCGAGUGGGACUGGGCCGAUAUGUCUACAAAUUUCCCUGUAUUUGAAGCCGGGAGCGCUGGCCAGCCGCCUGCACAAUGA